AUGACAGAUCCACCUAAACACAAAAUGCGUUCCAAGUCCGAUUCUUAUUCCUACGUCAUUGAUAAAGCAAUGGAUAUCGAAAAAUCUCUGGGACAUCGAGAAGUCAUCAAGCAAAAGAUCACUCAAUGCGCAAUGUCUUUCGAGCGUAGAAAUGCCAUGAACUGGUACAACAAAUUUCUCGCCAAAUGCGACUUCGAAUUUCUAUCUGCUAUCGCCAUUCUUACCUUGAUUCCGGUCGUUGUUAUCCUUGGCUUCAAUUACUACUCCAACAGAACUGAAAGCUACGUGUCUGGGCACAAGUUUCUCGUGUACGGUUUCAAGGGUGUUGCUCCAUUGAACAACAAUUUAGUCCUCCAACCAGGAAGACAUAUCUGCAAUUCAAUGACCGAUAGUGCUCAAUGCUACGAGACGUACAUGGAGUAUGACCUUGGUGGAUUUGUCUUUUUGUUUGCUGGAAUUAUUCUGAUUUUCUCCGCCGCCUCUAAUAUAGUUCAUAGGCGUUUAUGCACAGAGAUUGAGGAAAUGCAGGACAGGUUAAUUCGAUAUGAUGAUUUGUUGAACAAUGAGGGACGGUUGUACACUAAGGUUAUAUCAGAGAUCUUAUCAGGGGGCGCGAAGAAAGACAUUCUAGAGAAGGAAAGUCAAGUUAACAAUGUCAAAAUGGCUUGCAAGAAGGACUCUGCUGAUGCUAAUUUGAAGAUGGACCACAAGAAGGAAUACGAUGAGACGAGGAAGCAAAUUGAUUGUAUCAUUCAAAUGAAUCUUUCGGAGACUUUGGGACUGGAGCCAGACCACUAA